GAUGUCAGUUGACUACAAUUGUACUUAAGAAUAUACUCGUCAAUAGUCCUGCUUGGCUUUGCCGAUUAUAAUUUAGCUAUCAACGCGAUGUCAGUUGACUACUGUACUUAAGAAUAUACUCGUCAUUAGUCCUACUUGGCUUUUCCGAUUAUUUCGCUAUCAACGUGAUGACAGUUGUGCUUCCAAAUACACAAGUUGCUGGCCCUGCUUCAUGACCAUUGUCACAUGGGACUGCGCCAUCUGAUUAGAUGAAAGCAAUUCAACAAGAUACAACUGCUAUACAAUGGCGAAAUCAUGCAAUGUCCUCAGACGACUCGCCAUCACUUUGACAUCACUGGUCUUCUUCUUCGGUUCUGUACAUAUAUCAAAACCAGACCACUUGGUUAACCGGUGUAACAAGCAAUACUACAAUUGGCCCCUGUGUGUAGACAACCCCGAUGGCUAUGGUUGUAAAUGUGGACCUGGCUUUUCCUGGAAUACCAUGGCAGAUCUUUGUAUUUCAAGCGCAGUAGAUUCAAGCCUUGACUUCGAGAGGACUGAACCAAUACGGUACACAUUGCUUCUUGGUCGACUGAUGCCAGAGCUCGAGAAAUUCACCAUCUGCCUAUGGCUGAGAGUUAGUGAGCCUAAUCAUAGAGGAACCGUAUUCUCUUAUGCUGCGAAGCUCAACCGCAAAGUUGAGUCAGGAAAUGCAAUUCGACUUACUGCUGGUCCCACGCUGACGUUAGAGGUAGCAGGGCAAAAGAUUGACACUGAGAAAAAGCUGAACAGGUCCGAGUGGUAUCAUAUUGCUUUGAAAUGGCGAGCAAAUGAUGGCGUCUUCACAAUAUUUCUGGAUGGUAAAAGAUUAAAAAGAGGAAAGACGUCAUAUCGUCAACCAAUUGCUGGAAAGGGAGAGUUUACAAUUGGGCAGAGUGCGAGGUACCAUGCCGUGUAUGAUCCUGAGUUGGCUUUUAAAGGGCUUAUUGCGCAUGUUCAUAUAUGGGGGCAUGAAAUGACAGCUCCCGAAGUUAGAGAUAUCUACCGUGACUGCACAUUUAGUUAUUGUGGAGAUCUCGUCGAAUGGGUUGACUUCCGUAUAGGGACGAGGGGAGAGAUGAAGCUUCGAUGGCCAUCAGGAAUAUUUAAUGCUACUUCAAGGUGUAUCCAAGAGCAGAAACUCAGGGUUGCCGAAACCUGUGAUAAAUAUUGCAGUCAUACAAUAGGUGCACAAUGCAAGGAGCAGAUAGUUGAAAACAUCUUAUGGCCACGCGCCCCUGCCAACACGAGCGUAGCUAUAGCAUGUCCGGGACAAAGUGACAAAGACAACGACACAGUAUCUAAUGGCAUCAAGUACGCCCACAGAUCGUGCGUUUUACUGGAGGAAGAGAACGAAGGUUUAUGGGAGCCUCCGGAUAUCGAUAACUGCGUACAGAACAAUUCAUUAGCACUACGGACUAAGUUGGAGCACUUAGUGAAGUUAGAUACUUUCCAAGAAGAAGACAUCCUCAUUAUGGCCGAGUCCCUUAGAAACGACACAACAACAUCACAAUACAGAAACCCAAUAGAUAUUGCAACCCAGAUAGAUUCUUUGCAUCACCUCAUAAACGCACAGAGUGUAACUCUGCAAGAUAUAUCAUGGACAGACGGAAUGCUACGAUUUGCUCAAACGCAACAGAUUUAUCCAUCUUUUCAACAGACAAGAGGUUUUGUGGAUAUUGUAUUGGAUGUUGGAGAUGCAAUGCUUAGUGAAGCUAACAACAGAGCAUGGGAAGAAAGUAAUCCUCUUGGUGCAGAGGGCGAUGAAUUCAUGAAGAUUAUGGACAGUUUGAUGGAAACUAUGGCAAAGAGCUUAAUCAACCAUGUCAAACGAGGUGAUACAACUGCCAGUGAUGCAUUUGUUAGUAAAAUGAAAAAUCAUAUUGCCUUAAAGGUAAAAGUGUAUAACACCGAGAGUUUAACUGGAGUAGCUUUCCCAGAUCAAUAUGAUAUAAAUACACUUGGUAUAGAUGACAAACUAGGGAUAGUGGCGCUCCCUGGUGAGGCCCUGAAAGAUAUCAACUACACUUUGCCCGAAUAUAUCACAGUUGCCAUGAUGAGGUUUUCAUCAUCUGCUAGAAUGUUACCAAAUCAUAACUUCCAAAGGAAGUAUAAGGAUCGAAAUGACAAUGUGAAUUCUGCUUGGUUCUCUCUACAAGUCUUUAUUGAUGACCAUCCAAUUGAUUCGUUCUCCAAACCGCUCAAACUUCAUUUACCUUACACAGAUAAUUUCAACAUUUCUAACCCAGAAUGCAGACGUUUGGUUCAUGGAAACGCUACAAAAAUAUGGAAAUGGGAUAAGAGAGGGUGCUCUGUAGUACACAACACCACCACAGCAGCUGAGUGCGCAUGUCUUCAUCCGGGGACCUUUGUUAUAACAACAGACAUGUAUGAUAUCAAUUGGAACAAAGGCCCCCCGCCCCUGAUUUUAAUGGAGGUGCCGUCUUACAUUGGUUGCUCUGUAUCGACAAUUCUAUGCAUCGUAACCUUCAUUAUGCUCAUAUAUUAUAAAACCGCCUCCAAUACUGCAUCCAUCCAUAAGAAUUUCUCAUUAUCCAGUGUGUUCUGCAACCUUGUCUACAUGUUUGGCAUCAACCAACUUGGAAAUGCUACUGUUUGUCACGUGUUUGCUAUUAUGUUCCACUAUUUCUUCCUGUCAACGUUCUCAUGGCUGAUGAAUGAAGCCUUCAACCUUUACAUUGUAAUUACGUAUGCAGCUCAUUCACAUGGAGAGCACCAACAAGAGGGUACACAAUGGCGAUAUUAUAUCAUUGGUUGGAUUCUACCUGGAGCCAUGGUAGGCGCUUUUGUUGGUAUGCACACAGAUGACUACUAUGCCCCAGACAUGUGCUGGAUUGCAUGGCAAUAUGUAUGGCUUUUUCUCGGGCCUGUGCUGGGCAUAAUUGUGAUAUCAAUACUUGUACUCAUCUUCACUGCCAAAGAACACAACGAGAGUUCGUACUCAAAGAAUGAGAAAACCAAUAAAAUGAUACUCAACCAUUCCAAGGCAUUAUGGACUCAAGUGAUAUUACUUCCAGUCACGUGGAUGUUUGCCUUCCUAUCCCUCAGGAUGAGAGGUGUUGUGCUCAAGUUUCUUUAUGGCAUGUUUGCAGUUUUACAGGGGUCUUUCUUCCUGGUCUUCUAUUUCUUCUUGAAUGAGGAGGUACGAGAGGUUUAUAAGAAGUCGUUGAAAAAGAAGGCGUUGAAGGACCAUGGGUAUGAUUACCAUCGCUCUGACGAAUCUUCAGAGUCUGAUGCAGGUGCUAUGCAACUGGAGGAACACCAUCAGCGGUAUUCAGACGAAGAACACGUUACUGCACAAAGAAAAAAGAAACGAAGACCAUCAAAAGUACGAAGCCCACUUAAAGGAAGACACCAUACACGUAUACAGAUUGAAUCAGCAUAUUGUAAGAUGGGUGUGAUUUCAUUGAAAGAGAUUGAAGAAGGAUUGACGUUCGGUCCCUUCCCAGUAUCCCUGACCUAUCACGAUCCGAGCUACUUGAUCGGUCACAUGACCUUUGACAAACGCCCGGAUAUUCCAGCCAUGGAGGUUGAUAUUUGUGAUGAGAAGGUCUCAAAAAAUCUCGAAUGGAUGCCAUAUGUAUCAUCUGCUCGAGACGAUAAUGAGAAGAACAUGGAUGCCAUCAAUAAAGAUGGACACAUCUACUACAAAACAAUUCGGCAUGUUGAAAAAAAUGAUGAACUCCUUGUUUGGUACAGCACUGAUUUUGCCAAUAGUCUAAGAAUACCCGAUAUUACACCAUUUAAAAUGGAAGACGAGAAUAUGUAUGGAUGCCCACAUUGUAAUCAGACAUUCCAAUACCCAAACACAUUGCGAUCCCACAUGAGGUUUAAAUGCGAUAAACGCCACCGACUUUAUGACGACAACCCACCAACGACACUAAGUCGAGGUCUUGACUACAAACAUUUAGCGAGAAAUUUUGAGAAUGCGCAUGAAACAUUCUUUUCUACAUAUUACGAUAUCAUGUCUAAGAACUUGAAAGACUAUCCUUUACAUAAGAUGUUAGCACCUGCAAUAAGUCCAUCGUCAUCUUCAGCCUCAUCUACAUCGCCAGACGACUACACGUUAAAUCCCGAACUAGUUUCCGGAAAUAAACGGAAACUACCGAGCAGUGUCGAUGAGCAAAUUUCACCUAAACGUCGCUCUCUUGAACAAGAGACUCGUGAAACAAAGCCAAAACAAAAAUCUACGCUAUCCCCUUCUACAAGCCCAAAAUAUAAGUCAACUAAUUUCAAGCUUAAUUCUCUCAAUCGAAAUGACGAGGAGAAUAUCAGCGCCUUCCGAAAGGUCGAAAAAAGGAGUGACUCGCCUCGGAGUGAUAACAAACAUAGGAACUCUAUUACUGGAACAAUGGCUAAUGGAAUACCACCAAGUCAACCAAACCAUUUAUUUUCCCCUACUCCUCUUAGCAUGCCUAAUAUUUCCCGACACGGACUACCUGAUAUUCGCAUGACAUCUGCAUUACAUCCAAGUUUCCCAGAGUCACUUGGGAGUGGACUGCCGCGGUUUUCUAUGCUGCCACCUUUAUCAACAAAUCCUAGUUACCAAGAGACCCAGUUACAAAAAUCAUUUAGCGACAUCUAUAAAUCAAACAUGAAAAUGAACGAGUUUUCAAAAAUGUCAUUGGAGAAGCUAACGCGAGUGAACAACAACAAUGUGAUGCCAAAACUCCCAGGAUUACCUGAUGUUCGAUUCGACAUUACGAGUCUUGGCCCAAGUAGCCCUCCAAGGCAUAUGGGGAGCAACAACCCAAUGGUUGAAAAACUGUUAAACGGCAUCCCUGUUGGACCUACUCCUUUGGUGCCUGCAUCGCUUCAGGGGACAGUUGGACUACUUCAGAACUGGUGUGCCAAAUGCAACGCUACAUUCAGAAUGACUAGUGACCUUGUGUACCAUAUGCGAUCCCACCAUAAGGGUGAGGGGGACAUUGUCAAAAAGAAAAGGGAUGAUAAACUAAGAUGUACCACUUGUGGAGAAACAUUUAGAGAACGUCACCAUUUAACAAGGCACUUGACAUCACACCAAUGACAUACACCAUGUAAAAAUAACUUAUUAUAAUGCUUGUAAAUAAUAUAUAUGUAAA